AUGCGAAAUGAACAUAGAAAGAUAAAUAUUCAGUGGAGUCCAGAGAGCAGAGCUUCAACUGAAAGCACGACAGAGCAGAGUUUGCCUUGCUCUACAUUUCUAAUUGCUGUUGGACAGAAUGCUGUAGGUUUUCUGAACUCCUUUGUUCAAUGCUCGGGGAGCUGGGAAAUAAUUGGAGCAGUUACGCUGUGGAAUGAGAGAGUUAAAGGCACAGAUACCAUAAAUCAGCAGUUUACCACUGACACAUCAUGUCUUCUCUACCGGCUGACAUCCAAUCCAAUGAUUCUAACCUGCCAUUGUAACUGUUAUGUGGCUGAGGAUCAACUCUUCCAGUGGACUGAGAAGGUUUUUGGAAAUAUCCAGAAAAGGAACCUAAAUGUGAUAGUAUUAUCAAGCUGCUCUGUGACUGAAUAUAAAACACCCAGGUCUACUUCCAACAUCUCUGUGCCUUUCCUCCGAGCUUUGAAAACCAGUGCAUUCCAGGAGACACCCCACUGUGUGUUACUUGAGCAGCCAAAUGUGCUUUCCGGUCUCCCUGCAGCAGUCCUCAGUUACUGCCAGGUUAAGCAAAUACCUGCUGUCCUCUAUCACUGUUACAGUGAUGUGACUACGAUAGAUUCUCUGACGAUAGAAGGUUUUCGGCCAGUGCUCGCCUGCAAGGGUCUGAGUUCCUUUGUGAAAGAUACCUCCCGAAGUGCAGAAAUACUGAAACAGCUCGUUGAUAUGAAUAAGAUCCAAAGCAACCUGUAUACAUGAGACCGUAACAAUAUCUGAACAGUUUUAAAAUUAAUUUAAAAAAAUUGGGAAAUAUCCAAAAAUACUUUGUUUGUUGUCUGUAUUUAGUAGUAUUUUCUAAUGCUUAAGAAUAUUAAACUAUGACAAUUUGUUUUGGAGUGUUUUGAAUUAAAUAUUUUGUUGGAUUAUGCAGUGUAUUGUUCAUGUUUUUUACUCACUGCUUUAUUUCUACGUUGAAGUUUUUUUCUGUUGCACUACUCAUUUAUUUCCAGUCUGGAGCUAAUUCCAUCAGCCACAGCAAUCCAGCUCUGGUCACAUUGCUGCCAUUAUCCUGUAGACUUGUCAAUUAUUAAAAUCUGCAGUGAAAAGA